GAGGGAAAGAAAACACAGUAGACAGAAUAAGCAAAAGAGGACGGGGUAAGACGUGACACUGGAGCUUUAACAGGAAAGGAGCUGCAUGCAAGUUCAGUGGAAAAGAGGAGUUAGGACGCAGACCGUGGAAAUGAUGUGAGUGAUUGCAAGAGCGAGCAAGAAUUAACAGAUGGAUUGAGGCAGAGAUGGAGGGAGUGUUGCAUUCGUUUCACCGUGAAUAGCAGUUAGCUGAAGCAGGUAGAGGUGACUCCACUGCAGAUGAGGGAACAUGUUGGCUAUGGACCAAGGAGUGGUGGAGGAAUGGCUGUCAGAAUUUAAGACCCUCCCUGACAGUGCUGUGUCCACCUACGCUGCCUCGCUAAAGGACAAAGGUGCCCUGGUCCCUGCCCUUUACAAAGUCAUCAGAGAGAACUACAGUGAUUUGCUGGAGCCAGUGUGCCACCAGUUGUUUGAGUUUUACCGGAGCGGUGAGCCGCAGCUGCAGCGUUUCACGCUACAGUUCCUGCCAGAGCUCCUGUGGAGCCUCCUGUCUGUCAGCGCAGCCAGGGACCCACACACCUCUGGCUGCAUCGAGGCCCUGCUGUUGGGCAUUUACAACCUGGAAAUAGUCGAUAAAGAUGGACAAAGUAAAGUAUUAUCUUUUACUGUCCCUUCACUUUCCAAACCCUCAGUGUAUCAUGAGCCUUCAGCUAUCGGCUCCAUGGCCCUGACAGAAGGGGCUUUAGCCAAUCACGGGCUGAGUAGGGUGGUGUACAGUGGGCCGCACCUCCAGAGGGAAACCUUUACAGCACAAAACAGGUUUGAGGUGUUGACCUUCCUGCUGCUGUGCUACAAUGCUGCCCUCAGCUACAUGACCUCCACCUCCCUCCAGUCCCUCUGCCAGCUAAGCUCCAGGGUGUGUAUAUGCGGUUACCCACGGCAACAGAUGCGACGCUAUAAAGGUAUUAGCACGCGGCUGACAGUUACAUCAGAGUUCCUGGUUCAGCUCAUCACAGGGAUCCACUACGCUUUGUGUAAUGGUGAGGUGGAACUGGGAUCCAAAGCACUGGAUGACGUCCUGUAUCGCGCCCAGCUAGAGUUGUUCCCUGAAGCUCUGUUGGUGGGUAAUGCCAUCAAGUCUUCACUGCAUGGUGCAGCUCUAAAGAGUAAUACCAAGGAGGGCGCGAGGAGCAUCCAGGUGGAAAUCACACCUACGUCAUCUAGGAUUUCCCGUAAUGCUGUCACCUCCCUCUCCAUCAGGGGUCACCGCUGGAAGAGACACGACGCGGUGGAUUUGGGUUCCCCGGAUGAGCUGAUGGAUAUUUCAGAGGUGGAUGAAGGGGUGUGGCCAGGUGGGGUUGGGCCUGAAAUAACUCCGCCUACCAUCACUAUCAGCAACAGCGUGACUACAUUAAAUCUCGGGGCCAAGGCCAUGAAGAAGUGUCGGCUCGGUGGACGCACCAGCAAAGACAAGGACAAAGAGGCCGGCCCACUAUUAGCCGCCCGGGCUGCCAGCGAGAACGCCGAGCUGUCCGUCAAACGACUGACCCUCACCUCCAGCCAGUCGGUGCCCAAGGCAGGAGCCCUCACCAGCCUGACGCGUACCGCCAGCGCCGUCUUCUCCCGCUCCUUUGAGCAGGUAGCCAGCGGGAACGCCCCUCCCUCCAGCAACCACAAUGCCUCCGAAGCCGGCCGCUACUCGUGCAGCCUGCAGGAGGAGGGCCUGGGGUAUCUGAGUCCCGGGCCAAACCACACUCAGCGCUCUCCCAGCAUCAGCGUCCACCUCGGCUCUGACCUUUGAAGCCCCUCCGGACUCCAGACUACCUGAACCUUUGCCUCUGACCCUGUGACCCUGUACCUGUGAACCUGGAACUCCAAGCCAUGCCAACAGCAAAAGGACCACAAAGACCUGAACAAACCCCCCCCCCCCCCCCCCCAUCACUCCAUCUUGGUGUCUUUGACUUUAAACCGACUCUCUGUUCAGACCUCCAGAACCCUGCCUGCUCCACCCUCCCAGUGGUGCAUUGUGGGUCUUCAUGUCGGUGGGAAACCACUUCCAGCUUCACUGGUGUUUGUUGGUGCACUGCCGUCAAAUUGUGCCAGGAAACAAACUGCUCUCCCUCUGGCAGAGCAGCCUGUCGUAAAUGGGUGCACUUGAACUUUGUAACUACUACUAAAAAAAAGAACUGUGGAAAAGUAUUUGAAGAAUUUGUUGCCCUGCAUGGCUUUUCCAUACACCCGUCUUAACCUUGCCCAGGUUUGUCAGUGGGCGGAGUAUGUGUGAGCAUGCAUGUGUGUGUACGGUAUGAGUGUAUGUACAGAUGUUUUUAGAUUCGAGGCUGCUGAUUGAUACACCGAACAAGGUAUCAUUCUCCCAGUUUAAGUGUUUCUACUCCCUUUUUUAAUGGUAUAUCCCAUAGCAAUACAAAUCCAAUUCCAUCUUUUUAGAAACAUGAUUCACAUGAUUACUCCUUUCUCUUCUGUCUUUAUUUGUCAGCAGAAACAGCUGCACUUCUUCCCUAAAAAUACAAAGACUAACAGCCACUAAAUAAUCAAACAACUUGACAAAAAUUGCUUUUUAUGUUUACAAUCACACAGUAUUUUUUAUCAUUAUGGAGAAGCAAUAUUUUUCCCUUCCCACUGGUUCCUCUGGCACCUUCAUAAACUGCUCUGUAUUUAAUGACAAAAAUGAAAAAAAAAAAAAAUCCAUCUUCAACAAAUAAGAGGUUUUGAUUUUGGAGAUGAUGGGUGUGUAUGAUGAUUUGUAAAGUAUUGAAUUUUGCACUUGAAAGAGCAAAGAGUUGUGUUUUCAACUUUGGUAUUUUCUUAUGACGAACAUGAGAGGUUUGACUCUCGACUGUGGUAUUUUCCUACGAGAUCGCUCUGCUUCGUUGCUCCGUUCAGAUUCCUGCGACAGUCACGACAAAUACCUACUGAUCCAGAAGUGUCACAAACCUACAGUAUUGGCACAGACAUCAAAGAAUCCGGUACCUCCGAGCACAGUCGUUCAAGCUCUACUGACCAAAACUGUAACCGAAUCGAUUCCUGUGCAUCGUUUAGUAACUUCGAACACUUGUCGAGCAACAAGGCGUCCUUCCUUUCUGAUCCACCCACCAUUGCAGAUGUUGUUAGUACUUUGGUGAUGUUGGUGUUUCCUGUCUCUCUACUUGUCGUUCACCACAUCAUCAUUUCAUCAGAGGAUACAGCGGUAUUCUGUUGUACAAAAAUAAUAAAUCUGGACCCAUCCUCUACAUUUGAUGUCGUAAAUGAAGCAUCGAUGCUGCCCCACCAUUAAAGUAUCCUGUCGUCUGUGUACUAAAGCUGUUGAGUGUCCAUGGCUUAUUGGGACAAUAACAAUCAUUGUGUUUCUGUAUGUGGGUUUACAGAAUGUGAAUGGGUAUGCUCUUGUUGUACAUCAUACUGUUAUGUACUAAAGUUGGUUUAUAUUGGCCUUUCUAUGUCUGACAGUAACUCACUGCUACGUCUUCUGGGAAUAAAGUGUUUCUAUAUUUCA